AUGGUGGGUGUCAAAUGGGAGGAAGCGGGCACCGCAGACCUGACCAGUGACACUGUUAGGGAUGGACUCUGGGCCCAUAUCCUGGACCCACACAGCCUAGGGGGGCCAAAUGAUGCCCUAAGCCAGAAAGUGAGCAGCAGCAGCCUGCUAGGAAAUCAACUGCAGCUAGAUAGCCACCGGGGAGAGGAGGGGGUUAUCGAGCCAUGGGAAAGAAAAAAAAGGGUUCUGGACAGAUGGACACAAUAUGUACCACUUGGAAAGAGAAUACAUGGAACACGAUUUAUUGCUUUUAAAGUUCCUCUUAAGAAGACCUUUGAAUGGAAACUUGCCCCAAAUGAACUGUUUUCUCCAUUAGACCUUAUUAAUCAAGUUAGAGAACAGAAUGAAGAACUUGGCUUGAUUAUUGACACCACUUGCUAUUAUGAGCCAGAGGAGCUACCAGACACGUUGCAGUACUGUAAGAUUGUAACAGUUGGUCAUGAAGUGCCAAACAAGGACACAGUGUUUAAAUUCAAAAGUGCUGUGAAAAAGUUCCUGAUGGAGAGCUAACAUAAUGACAAGCUUAUUGGAGUUCACUGCACGCAUGGCUUAAAUUGAACAGGUUACCUUGUUUGCAGGUUCCUAAUUGAUGUUGAAGGAAUGGAUCCAAGCAUGGCAAUAGAAUUGUUUAACAGAUGCAGAGGGCACUCUAUAGAAAGGAAAAUCUUAGGAGAGGAACUGGUAGAAGGAAUCAUUGUAUGGCUGCUUCAGGAACCAGUUGGAUGA